AACCCCUAUCAAAACCAAAAUUUCAUUUCACUCCAAAUAACUACACAAAAUUCUAUUUAAUUUGGUAAAAGCAUGGGAGGAACGACAACAAUUUCAGUUGGAUCCGAUGGCGUGGCUAUUAUCACUAUCAUCAAUCCACCUGUUAAUUCUCUUUCCUUUGACGUACUAGUUAGCUUAAAAGAAAGUUUCGAUCAAGCCUUACAAAGGGACGAUGUUAAGGCAAUCGUUGUUACAGGUGCAAAAGGCAAGUUUUCUGGUGGUUUUGACAUCAAUGCAUUUGGUGGACUGCAAGGAGGAAAAGGAAUGUCAAUGGGGCCAGCAUCAAAACCUGGAUAUGUAUCAAUUGAGAUUCUGUCUGAUACUGUCGAAGCUGCCAAAAAACCAUCUGUUGCUGCUAUUGAUGGGCUUGCUUUAGGUGGAGGCUUGGAGGUUGCAAUGGCUUGCCAUGCUAGGAUCGCUACCUCUGCUGCCCAGUUAGGCUUGCCUGAACUGCAGCUUGGUAUUAUUCCUGGAUUUGGAGGAACUCAGCGUCUUCCAAGACUUGUUGGUCUUGCAAAGUCCCUCGAAAUGAUGUUGACAUCAAAACCAGUUCGGGGCGAGGAAGCUCAUAAUUUAGGGCUCGUUGAUGCCAUCGUAUCAGGAGAUGAGUUGGUAGAAACUGCUCGUCGAUGGGCAUUAGAUAUAUUGGAGCGUAAAAAGCCCUGGGUUGCAAGUCUUUACAAAACAGAUAAAUUAGAGCCUCUUGGGGAGGCUCGUGAAAUACUUAAUUUUGCUAGAGCUCAAGCUCGCAGACAAGCACCAAACCUACAACAUCCACAAGUUUGCAUUAAUGUUAUUGAAGAGGGGAUAGUCUCAGGCCCACGGGCGGGGUUAAUGAAGGAGUAUACUGAAUUCCAAGUUCUUUUAAAGUCGGAUACUUGCAAGAGCUUGAUUCAUAUCUUCUUUGCCAUGCGUGGUACUACAAAGGUACCAGGGGUGACUGAUCGGGGUCUGAAGCCCAGAGGAAUCAAUAAAGUUGCUAUACUUGGAGGAGGUUUGAUGGGCUCAGGGAUAGCAACGGCUCUAAUUCAAAGUGGAUAUCAAGUUGUCUUAAAAGAAGUCAAUCAAAAGUUCCUUGAGGGUGGACUAGGCAGAGUCAAAGCCAAUCUGACAAGCAGUGUGAAGAAAGGGAAGAUGACUCAGGAAAACUUUGAAAAAACACUCUCUCGUCUUAAGGGUGUUCUUGAUUAUGAAAGCUUUAAGGAUGUGGAUAUGGUGAUAGAGGCUGUUAUUGAGAAUGUUUCUCUGAAACAACAAAUAUUUUCGGAUUUGGAAAAAUACUGCUCUCCAAAUUGCAUACUUGCAAGUAACACCUCAACAAUCGACUUGAGUCUAAUUGGCGAGAAGACAAAAUCCCAUGAUAGAAUAAUUGGUGCACACUUUUUCAGCCCUGCUCAUGUGAUGCCCCUUUUGGAGAUAGUUCGCACAUCAAAAACAUCUCCUCAAGCAAUAGUGGACUUGUUGGAUGUGGGGAAAAAGAUAAGAAAAACUCCAGUUGUUGUUGGGAAUUGCACAGGGUUUGCUGUCAAUAGGAUGUUCUUCCCGUAUACUCAGGCGGCUCUUUUGCUUGUAGAACGUGGUGCCGAUGUUUAUAGAAUCGAUAGAGUAAUUACAAAAUUCGGAAUGCCAAUGGGUCCUUUUAGAUUGUGUGAUCUUGUCGGUUUUGGUGUUGCAGUGGCAACUGGCUCACAGUUUGUUCUUAAUUUUCCCGAAAGAACAUACAAGUCGAUGCUAAUUCCUCUCAUGCAAGAGGAUAAAAGGGCAGGUGAAACAACUCGCAAAGGUUUCUAUGUCUACAAUGAUAAGCGGAAAGCCAACCCAGAUCCUGAAAUCAUGAAAUACAUUCAGAAGGCAAGGGAAAUGUCUGGUAUCUCGGUUGAUCCCAAGCUUGCAAAAUUGUCAGACAAGGAUAUCAUAGAGAUGAUAUUUUUUCCUGUUGUGAACGAGGCUUGCCGAGUGUAUGCAGAGGGUAUUGCAGUGAAAGCAGCUGAUUUGGACGUUGCGGGUGUUAUGGGAAUGGGAUUUCCACCUUACAGGGGAGGAAUUAUGUUCUGGGGAGAUUUACUUGGAUCAAAAUACAUAUAUGGGAGGCUAGAGGAGUGGUCAAAAAUGUAUGGGGAGUUCUUUAAGCCAUGUGCCUACUUAGCACAAAGAGCUGCACUUGGGGCUUCUCUGAGUGCGCCAUUGGAUCAAGCAAAAUCGCGGUUAUGAGAUGAAAUGAAUUGGACAAUAUCUACCGGUGAAUCGGUGAUCAUUGUGCUAAACAAUAAUGCAUGGAGAUUAAUGAGAUGGGGCUUUAUAAGUAUACCUAUAGGUUUAUGUUUGUGUUCUUUGUAAAAUAAAGCCUAUGUGGUUGUAACGACCAUAGUUUAUUAGUUAUUUCUUAUAUCCAGACCAUUCUUGUGCCCAAGAUUUAUUUGGCAUGAUAAUAUUCUCUUUGUGGAAGCAAUGUAGGGGAGCAUACAAUACAAUAUUGUAUGGGUUGAAAAUUUGAAUGUCAUACAGAUAGAAUAAAAAUGCAAAAUUGUGGGUUGAAAGUUGUAAUACUACUGGUAUUACUUAAGGAAAUGGAGUAUAUAUGGAUUUAUAUAUUGCUCCAAGCUUAAUGUAUGACAUGCAUUGAGGCGUAGGGGACCAAACAAUAAAAGCAAGAAAUGGCUGUCGUAAUGGAGCAGAAGAUUGUUGGCAUUAGUUUAAAAUGCUAGUCAACAUUGUAAACAAUGAAUGUAUAUCGUAAGUUAUCAACUUUAUGAAUGUAGUCUCUUUUACACUGUUGUGGUAGGGGUAAGACUGUCUAUAUUUUAACUUUC